AUAAACCCUAGAAAAUUUUGAUAAAUUAAAUUUCCAUUUUUCAUUCCUUAAAAAAAAAUCAUUUCCCCCAACAAGGGCGAAAUUCUCUGGAGUUACCCUCACCUCUGAAAUGAAAUGGGAUAUGGAGAUCGAGGAAAUCGAGGCGGUUCUCGAGAAAAUCUGGGACUUACACGACAAGCUUAGCGACGCCAUUCACUCCAUUUCGCGAGCUCACUUCCUCAAUUCCAUCAAAGCCCUCAGAAAAUCCGACAAGAAGAAGCUCUUCAACGAUGUCGUCGUCGGCGACGAUAACAGGACCGGCUUCGUGUUUGUUAAGGACUUUAGAAUUGACGAUGGUGACUCCGCAAUUCAUGAGGCCAAGAGUCUUAAUGCUAUCAGAACCGCUCUCGAGAAUCUCGAGGACCAGCUCGAAUUUUUUCAUACUGUACAAAUCCAGCAGCAGGUCGAGAGAGAUGCUGCCAUUGCACGAUUAGAACAAAGUCGGAUAAUUCUUGCAUUGAGAUUGGCCGAGCAUCAUGGAAAGAAGUACAAAGUAAUUGAUGAAGCUCUAGCUUUUGUGGGAGAUGUACACGAUGCUAGCCAUUAUGUCUCACCCGAAAACCUUUACCGUACGCCAAACAGACCAUCUGGACAGAAUCUAGUAUCACACAAAGGGAAGUACUCUAAUAAGCUAAUCAAAGUUCUGGUUUCUAGCUUCAACUAUGCAAAGAAAUCCCUGAAUUUUGACCAUAUGGGUGGGAUACUAAGCAAUGUAGCUAUAUUCGCAGUCAGCAUGAUAGCAAUGAUGCAUAUCCAACAGCUUGCUCUUUCAGAACAUUCAGGGAGACAAGAAGAUAACAUCAACAACCAGAGAAACCCGAGAAAGAAUUCUCAACUCGAAGGGCCUUCAUUCUAUGAUGAUUCGAGCCACUUGGAUGUGUAUUUAGCCCGGGGUUAAGGUGAAGACAUU